AUGCCCCCAACCGUCCACUGCGUCCGUCACGCUCAGGGCGUCCACAACCUCUCCACGGCCAACCACGUCAUCCACGACCCCCUCCUCACGGAUCUCGGCAACGAACAAUGUCGCCAACUCCGCGGAGCCUUUCCCUACCACGACAAGAUCGAGCUCGUGGUUGCCUCGCCCCUGCGCCGAACCAUGUACACGGCGCUGCAGAGCUUCGAGCCAUUCUUCAAAGCGAACCCGGAUAAGAAGUUGAUCUUGCUGCCGGAUACGCAGGAGACGAGUGACGUGCCGUGCGAUACGGGUAGCGAGCCUGAGGACUUGCAACGUGAGAUUGAGGAGAAGGGGUUGCCGGUUGAUUUGCAGUAUGUUACGGAGGGGUGGAAUGAUAAGACGGGUCGCUAUGCGCCGACUAACGAGGCCAUUACGGAUCGGGCGCGUGAUGCACGACGGUGGUUGAAGGAGCGACCGGAGAAGGAGAUUGUUCUGGUCACUCACGGUGGGUUUCUGCAUUUCUUCACGGAAGAUUGGGAGGACAGUAGUCAAUACCAGGGAACCGGUUGGCUGAACACCGAGUUCCGCGAUUACGUCUUCUCGCCAGAGUUCCACACCGAGGAUCUGGACGGCAAAAUACUGGCGGGCGACAACGCCAGCUUGGUCGAGACCGUGGAUUCGCGCGCCCGUCGCGGAAAGGACGGACCGAUGGCUGGUCGGCGACGACAGAGCACGCUGUACAAGCUCGGAACGCAGGAUUGGGACGCCCAGGGGUUGCAGCUCAGUUCGGCGGAGCGAGAAGUGCUCAAGAAUAUCGAUCCGAAUGGUGCUCGCAAUUAA